AUGGAUAUUCAAUACAAAUCUGCUUCACCCUUUGUAUUGUUGGUUAUCAAUGCUGUGUUAGGUUCUUUAUUUUUUGGGUACGCAAUUUCCUAUCUAAAUUCAGCUUCAAAUUUUUACCCCAUUUAUUAUCACAUUACUACUUAUGACUCAUCUACUUAAAAUUUGCUUGAAGCUUUAGUUCAAGGUAUCAUAAUCUAAAACAUCCUUUUUUAGCUAUUUUUACUUUAUCAGCUGGAAUUGGGGCUUUACUUUCAGGAAACUUAUUACAAUUAUUUAGUUAAAGAAAGUCUUUUAUGAUUACUGACUUAAUUGGAAUUAUUGGUGUAGUACUAGAAAUAAUAUCCAAUAUUUAUUCAUUCUUUUUUGCUCGAAUUCUUAUAGGCCUUUGUGUAGGACUAAAUUCUUCGCUAAUUCCAUAAUAUAUUAAAGAGUUUUCACCAAGUAGAUUAUCUGGAUCAUUAGGUGCACUCAACUAAUUAACAAUUAAUAUUGGAAUUUUGAUAGGACUUAUUUCUGCUUUGUAAAUAAUUUUAUAAUUUUUUAGUUUUUAUUAAAAUGAUCCAAAUAGAAAAAAAUCUAAUGAUUAUGUUUUUAGAUUAUUCUUAGAAAUUCCUCUUAUUUUUUGUGUUAUUAGAACUUUAUUAUUGAUAUUUGUGUUUAAAAAUGAACCACCUUCUUAUUAUGUUUAAAAAAAUGAUUUGAAUAAGGUAUAAAAUUAAAUAAUUUAGGCAAAAUAAAUAGUGGAAUAUUAUUAUUAAGAAGAAAAAGUUGAAUAGAUUUUAGAGAACAUAAAAUUAGUAGUAGAAUAAAAGAGAUUAUAAAAUGAAAAAUAUAAAGAUCUCUUCAUGAACUAUAGUUAAAGAAAACGAUUAUUGAUUGGAUGUGGACUUUAAGUUUUAUAGCAAUUUUCAGGAAUAAAUGCAAUAAUGUUUUUUUCUACAAUUAUAUUUUCAUCUGUAAUAAUUAAAUAUAAAAAUUUAGAUAUUGAAAGAUAAUGAAACAAGAAUCGAUUGGGCAAAUGUUACAGUUGGUUUGAUCAAUAUAAUUUUUGGUUUUAUUGCAAUCAGUUUACUUUAAAAGUUUGGAAGAAGACCUCUUUUGUUAUAUGGAACAAUAGCUUGCACAAUAUUCUUGGCAAUAGCGUUUGGUUUUUCAUUUUAAACAGAUCCAAAUUCAACAGUGGAAAUAUUGAGUGUUUUAGCAAUAUUUGGAUAUCUUGGUGCAUUUUAAUUAUCAUUGGGACCUGUUGCAUGGGUAAUGAUGUAAUAAAUAUUAUUAAGAUUUAUGAUGCUGAUAUCUUAUCUGAAAAAGGAAUGUCUUUAGCAGUACUUUUUAAUUGGAUUAGUUGUACAAUAAUAGCAUUUACAUUUGUAAUUCUAGAUAUAAAUAAUAAUCCAGGCAGAUUAUCAAUAGUUUUUGGUUUCUUUACUGGAUGUUGUGUUUUAGGUGUGUUUUUUAUAUUAAAAUUCGUUUAAGAAACAAAAGAUAGAUCCUAAUCAACUAUCAAUAUUUUUUUUUAAUUAACUGUAGUUAAAAAAGAAGUUUUGUUAGAUUGA